AAAUAUCAGUUUACUCAAAGCCUCCCAGAGGAAGGAAAUUCAAAAAUGUCUCGCCUAAUCCACCUCAGUUUUGUUUUGGCUCUUCUGGCGUGCCUGACGGGCACCAUCAGUGCCAAUCCGAUAGACGAUGAUCGUGACCGCCUAAACCAACUCCUCAGUAAUCCGGAACCGGCAGACGAUGCCGAGCUGCUGAGAAACACCCAAGAAGCUAUUGCGCUGUACAAGAAACAUGCUCGUCGCACUUUACCUGGACAUCAGGUGGAGCUCGAUUUGGAUCGAGAUAUCAGAGCAUUUGAGACUGAAAACCUGACGGUGGACGGUUUGCCUAUUCAGGGUGGAGUGUGGGAUUUGAUUAAGAAGGGGGCAGAUAAAGUACCCGAUGAAGUCAAGGAUCAGGCUAAGGAACUUGCCAAAACUACUGCCAAAGCUCUAUUCAAUAAAUUGACCGAAUACCUUAAGAAAAAAAUUAGCGGGGAAGAUGCAGCAAAAAAAGAUACAUAGAUUUAUGUAAUCAAUAAACUAUAUGAACAGUUA